GCACUAUGCCCGUAGGACAUGCUCGCCUAUCAGUGGUCGCCUACGCAGUACUUGGGCGGAGGCUCGAUAGCUUGCCCGCAAGGCUGAUGGGGUAUGAAUACAUCAAGUAUCGUUCGGGUAGAGGGUUGCAAGCAAAAUCAUAGCACACUACUAUGGCCACAGGGAAAAUGUCCACUGGGGCUGCCGUCCGCCUAGCGGCGAGAAAGCGUGACCUUGUUGGCGUUACUUCUGGCCUGGCUCCUUCGUUUCUCCAAGCCAACCUCAUUGUCCUACCAUCCCGCUAUGCUAUAGACUUUCGGCUUCUUUGUGCUCGAAACCCCGUUCCAUGUCCUUUGCUCGCCGAAUCCUCACAGAUUGGCUCAUAUCACAGUCUAAAAUCCUACAUUGAUGGAUUGACAGGCGAUGAGAUUGCCUCUGACCUCGACAUCCGACACGAUGCUCCUCGAUACAUGAUAUACCGCGACGGUCAACUAGCGACUUCACACGUCACCGAUAUCGCGACAGAAUGGACCGAGGACCACGUCGCUUUCUUGAUAGGAUGUUCAUACAGCUUCGAGACCGCCUUGACCAACAACAGCCUGCCACCUCGUCACACUAUCAUGGAACGGAAUGUUCCGAUGUAUCGCACAAACAUCCAGCUAUGUCCUGCUGGUGUAUUCACCGGAUCAACGUUUGUUGUAUCGAUGCGUCCCUACAAGCGGGCUGUUGUUGAAAGAGUGAGAGACAUCACUCGUCCGUUUGUGACCACGCAUGGAGAGCCUAUAGCUUGGGGUUGGGAUGCUAUGGAAAAGUUAGGCAUCGAAGACAUCAACAAGCCUGAUUGGGGCGACGCACCACUAGAGGUCAACGGACAAUCAUUAGAUUCAGCUAAUGAGGACGUCGUGCCUGUCUUCUGGGGCUGCGGUGUGACCCCUCAGGAAGCUGUGAUGCGAGCUGGACUGAAAGGUACUGUCCUAGGGCACGCUCCAGGACAUAUGAUUCUUCUCGAUAUCAAGGAUGGAGAUGUGUUUAGCGUGUAGCUUCUGAAACAUAAGUACGGAUGUACAUUAUCUUAGACCCACAUAUAGACGAUAGUUUAUUGUUAUUUCAAGUGAGGAUCCAUCGGCAAGACCCAGCGCAGAAGUCCUCGGCCACGAUUAAGCCAGGGCACUGCGUGUGAGCAAUGACACGGCACCAUCGGCAGAGUGGAGGAGCCCGAAAUUUGUCUAUCCGGUCAUAUUCCAUGAAGACGUGAAAACAAUCGUAUCAGCUGGGAGCACAGUGCUGUAUCAACUUAACUUGCGCGACCUUCC